AUGAAGGAUAUCCGCGAAUUAACAAACGUUGAUAAGAAACUUCGAAAAAUUUUAAGUAAAAUUUUAGCAAAACAACAUGUAACAAUACCAGAACGUUUUCGCGAAGUAAAAUAUAGUGCUUUACGAAAAGAAAAAAAAAAUUUCAAUCGUUCAAACGCAAUUCAAUCUCACCAACAAGAUGCAUCGACUCCAUUACUUGCUAAUUACCCCACUCCAGCACCGACAUAUUAUCAACAACACGAACAAACUGUUAUACCAAGUCAACAAGAAACUGUAAUGAGAGCAGUAACAGAACGUGACGAAGAAAUACAUAAUGUUGAGACAGAUGUGGUUAAAGUCAAUGAAUCGUUCAAGACCACGGCACAAAUUACUAGUGAACAAGGUGUUAAACUUCGUAAAGAUCAUUGA